UACGCGCCUCUCGUCGUGUCACGGGGUUGACGCGAGAAAUCGUGCAAUUGAUUCGAAUUGGAAUUCGCAUUGGCAACCAAGUGCUCCUUGUUUUGACAGUUUUCUAAAAACAAAUCUUUACACUGAUAAACAACUCCGGUAUUUAUUUUUUUUCCCGUUACAUGGUUAUAGUAAGUUAACUCUCUUUUGAGGAAGAACAAGCGUUUUUUUUUUUUUUUUGUAAACUGUCUGAGAUGCGUAAAACUUGUUCUGUGUACCGAGAUUAUGGAACGUUUAAAUAUGUACAUUCUUGAUCUAGUAACGCAAUGUAUUAUCUGAGAUUAAGGAUGAAAUUUAUUGCACAUGUGUUACAGGCACACGCAGUCUAUAUACCUAACAAAGAUUUUCAUUAUACGUCUAAUCGAAGCGAAAAUAUGUAGAAACAUUUCAGCAAUUUAUUUUUGAAUAUUACAUUAUUUUAUUUGCAUUUUUGUCUUUUUAAUGAAUUCUCAAGGUAAAUGCACUGACCUUAUUUUUGAGGAAGUAUUUUUGGACAUCCAGUCAAGUUUUUUUUAAAGGUACACACGUCGAAGCGUUAAAUCAUAUCGUUCAUUGCUAUUCACAAAAAGAGCUUUUUUUGUCAGCAUGUGCGAACAUUUGUGCAAAUAUUGUAUGUUUACUUACCUAAGUAUUUGAUAAGUUUCGAGGGAGCACCUGGUUAAAAUAUGCUAUCAUUCCCGCCAGAUAGCUCAGGAGGGAUCAGUCAAGUUGCGUGUGCGUUAUUGAAAUAAGUGAAAAUCUCGAUUACACCAGAAUGACAUCCGGUGUUUAUCGAAAAAUUUUAAAUUAUCUGAGAAUGAGAUCUUGUCUUUGUAAGCCUAAAGGUAAAUAUAUCUGCAAAAAUUAUAAGCACCUAACAAUGGAUCACUCCGAGUUAGUGGCAGAGAUGGUACACGUUGAAAGACUGACCACGCAAGAGCGAUUACACUUGGCGCGUCAUCGUAGACUUCAGCAAUUAAAAGUAUGGAGACAGCGCGAGAAGGAAUGGUUGCGGCAUCAAACUAGGCAUACAAGUAAUAAACGUCAUAUAUACUUUAGCGACAGUGUUAUGUUGUUGGAAGCCGCGGCGCGGAAUGACAUCGAUGAAGUAAGAAGGCUUUUGAAGAAGGGUGUAAAUCCUGACUCGACGAACGAAGACGGUUUGACAGCACUGCAUCAGUGUUGUAUAGACGAUAAUGAAGAGAUGAUGAAGCUACUCAUUGAAUUUGGUGCUAACGUGAAUGCGGAAGACAGUGAGAAAUGGACACCGUUACACGCUGCUGCUACAUGCGGUCACUUACAUUUAGUCAAAUACCUCAUUGCCAGAGGUGCGAAUUUAUUAGCUGUUAAUGCGGAUGGCAACAUGCCGUACGACAUUUGUGAGGAUGAAAAAACGUUGGACUGUAUCGAAGGAGAGAUGGCAAGGCGAGGAGUUACUCAAGAAUUAAUAGAUGAAACGAGAGCUUCAACCGAGGUUCAAAUGUUACGUGAUUUGCAAAAGAUUGCUUCUUUAGGAGGCGACCUUGAAUAUAAGGAUCAUCAAGGUGCCACGCCUCUUCAUAUAGCAGCGGCAAAUGGGUACUUAAGAGUUGUGGAAUUUCUUCUUGACCAACAUGUAUCAACAGAUGUAGAGGAUAAUGACAAGUGGCAGCCAGUUCAUGCAGCUGCAUGUUGGGGACAUUUGGAAGUACUUGAAUUAUUGGUACAAAACGGAGCAGACCUAAAUGCAAAGAAUAAGCACGAUGAAACUCCCGCAGAUAUAUGUGAAGAUCCGGAAAUUAGGGAGAGGAUAGUGGAAUUGAAAACAGAGCAAGAGAGUAAACGACUUCGUGAAGCGCAAGGACGCAGGGUACGCAGAUCGCAAAGCAUAAACACGCGAACACAGAGUGUACGUCGGACAUCCAUACGAGACAAGGUUCUUACUACGAAAAAAGACGCCCAGGAAGAAACUCGCUUGAGGUUACAAGCGCAACAGACGUAUGUUAGCACUCCUACAUCAAGUAUUCCGCCGUUGGAGAACAGUACGCAGGAAGUAGGGGACCACGAGACUGAUUCCGGCGCGCUGACUUCAGCGGUGCGGAAAGGUCCCGAAGGAAAAGACAACGAGUCUUUUCUUCACGAAGAUGUUGAUAAAGAUUCAGCAGUGACAGGGCCUGACCCGCUGGUCGGCAGCCAGCAGCAGUCGCCGAUUUACUCUACGGACGCCGACACCAACGGCAAGAUCAACAUACACGUGUCCGUUGUUUUCGUGAAAUCUCUGUCGGAUCUGAAGAAGAAACGGGCGCAGAACCGGCACAUAACCGGCAGCUCCGUAGACGCGAACGGGAACGGCAUCCCGAUGCCGGUCUCGUCCAUCUCCAAUUCCGAUCUCAGCACCGACGAUUUCACUCAGCGCUUCACUGGGAACACCAGUGAGAUCGUGAGCGAUAAUCACUCGGAGAAGAACUGCUGCACCGUCAUGUAAUAAUGCGCUAAUUACGUACAAUCUCGUUUUUGUCCUUGCCGAUUGUAGUGUACGAUGUCAUCGGAGCUCACUAAAAAUCUUUCACACACACACGAACGAGAAUAUAUUCCCGCGAUUAUCUUCCAGUAUUUUCUUUUUCGAAGACUCAACGCUGCGUUCUUGCACAAUUGUUCCGAGUCGCGCGUUUAAUCCGAGCCCGAGGGUCGUGAUAUUUUUUUAUUAGAUAUAUAUACAUAUAUAUUUUCGUAGCACAUAUAGCGAACGUUAUGUACAUCACAGAUAAUAUUCCGUGGGAAGGAAGGCGUAUUGACAGCUUUAAAAUCAAAACAAUUAUCGGUUUUGAUGUCGCGCGAAUGGUAUGUACUUAAAUCAUAUGACGAAACGUUUUAUCUGCGAUUGUUACGCGCAUUGUGAAUCGCAGCGCUUGAACAGGUUCGGUAUAUCAAGAACACCUUGUUACGAUGACUACUCAAGAAUGUGUACUUACAUUUGUAGAAAUAUAAUUGCAUUUUCAAAUUGUUUACAAUUAUCCAGCGCCUAAAGCGUUCAAGUAUUGUACAGAUUUUUAUUUUAUUUAUUGUUAUACUAAAGGAAAUGUAUAGAGACUACUAUUAGAAAGAGAUGUGUGUUACAAUUUCGUAGGUAUUACCUAGAUCCGAGUUUUUCUAGUAUCUCCGCAGACAGGUAUGAGACUAUAAAACAUCUUCCAAUAUUUUUUAUGAGACUCUAGCUGUAAGGAUUGAGUGGAAACUUUUUUAUAUCGAUUUAAAGAUUAUUUGUAAAUUUUGAUAUGUAAUAUUUAUCUAUCUAUUACAAUUAUAGACCCUUCACUUGAAUUCCUCGUUCCGCAUAUAGCAAUAUCGCUAUACAUCGCUGAUUUACAAUUUUGCACUUGUGUUGCGCCUGUGACAAUGCGUUCGAGUUUUAAUUCGAUAAUUCGUGAAAAUCCGGAAAUGUUCGAGAUAUAAACACGUAAACUUUACCUCUUUUUUUUCUUUUUAGAGUAAAGUUCAUGCAUCCCCGUGUAACGAGGGAGAAAUUUAGUAAAUCAAAACGGCAACAAAUUUUUAUUCGAAAUCACGCGUGUGUACGGGACCGUAUGUAAAAUACAAUAAUAAUCUGUCCUGCCGAACAGUCGUAUUUUUUGUACACACCUUACGUCAAUCCAAAUUAGAAAUACAAAAGGGGAUCUUCGAAAGAAGUAAAUAGUACAAAUAAACGCUCAUACAUUCCUUCCGCGAUGCAUAAUAAAUGUUGCCAAACUUUGCGGCUUCCGGCCUUACGACCGCGGUCGCGUUACUGUCGUUCCGCGUCUUGCAAUUGUGUUAAUCGUGAAAUUUCUAAUGAUGAUAAUCGCCGUCGAUUAUUCCAAUUAAAAGUACGUAGCACACGUGCAAUUGUUCACGCAUGAUUUGAUUGUGAAUGCCUAUGGCGAAAGUUGAUUUCAAUGGCUGUAUUUGAAAUGAAUUUAUGUGACGUCUACCACCUGUUUAUAUUGUAUUGUAAUAUAGUAACAUUAUAUAAAAAUAAAAUUACUGUAUAUGUUACCUUUUA